CCAGCUUGCCAUACAUAAACAAACAUGGCGUCUUCUGGUGAAUUUCACGUCCGAAUGUGUGGACAAGAAAUCAUAAAAUAUGACCUAGAAAUUAAAGCUCUCAUACAGGACAUCAGGGAUUGCCCUGGACCUCACUCAACUCUCAUGAAGCUCAACUCUCAGGUCAAAGAGAAGUUUAGCAAACUCAGGCUCAGAAUCCAGGAUCUGGAGCAGAUGGCCAGAGAACAGGACAGAGAGACUGACAGAGUGGCCAUCCAGGAAGAGACAGAGAGCCAGCGAAGGCAAAUGCUGAGUAACCAGACAGCUUGGAGGAAGGCUAACCUGGCUUGCACUCUAGCGAUAGAUAACAUGGAGAAGGACGAGCUGCUGCAGGGACGAGAAAACCUGAGCACCAGACAGAGGAAGGCGACCAAAGAAAGCUUAGUGGAAACCAGCAGCAACAUCACAGAGAGUCUAAUGUCCAUCAGCAGGAUGAUGGCUGAGCAGGUGAAGCAGAGUGAAGACACCAUCAGCACGCUGGCCACCUCCUCCAUGACAGUGCAGGAAACCAACGAGGAGUUCAAAAACAUGACAGGAACCAUCCACCUGGGGAGGAAACUAAUCCUCAAGUACAACCGACGGGAGCUGACGGACAAGCUGCUCAUCUUCCUGGCUGUGUCUCUCUUUCUCGCAACCGUCCUCUACAUCCUUAAGAAACGUCUCUUCCCCUUUAUUUAAGCGGCAGCCGCUUCUUAAAGGGGCAUGUGCCCAGGCUUCAGAAAUAUUUAUUUCCAGUUACUUUAUUCAGCAGAAAGUUCCCAUUUGGAGUUUGAGAACAUUUGUGGAGGAAGCUUAGAUUACGGGGAGAAUAAAGAGCAGAACAGAGACUGGCUUCUGCCCAGAAGAAGAAGCUGUCAGUAGAAAAUGUUUCAUCUCAUACGACCUUGCUUUUUCCUUUUUGUUUUUUCCUUUAAUGAUGAUGGUUCAUGAAGUGUGUAUGAAGGGAGAAAGAAGGAGGAAUCCAUCACAUAUCACAAGUAAAAAGAGUGAAGCAACUUACUGGAUUUUAUAAGGAUUCAUGCAUAACCUUAAAGCGACAGCAUGCUACAAACAAGCUGAGUCAUACUAUUCAACAAUGACAAGUUUUAAGAAAUGUUGCAGUUGGCCGCUCUCUAAACCAGGCUGUCAUAACUUCCUGCCAGCUGCUUCACGUCUUCGUCCAAGAACUUUUGAGUGACCGUGCUGUCUGAAUGUGAUGAAGUUUACAAUUGGAAAAAUGAAUGCACCCUCUAUGACAGUUGUUCUGUGAAGGCAUUCAUGCUGCUGCAACGAAAAGGGGACAGCAGAAAAAACAGUUUGAAGUGUACUGAGGCCUUAGUAUGCCAUCCAGCAUUUUUAACAAACCAGAGUCAAAGCUUUCGUAUGCAGUAACGCUUUUUUUGUUUACAUUUUUGUCAAAUUACGGUCUCUGUGUACAACGGGAGUGUAUAUGUUUGCACUGGAUGGCUUUUCCAAAGAUCCUUUGUGAGUUUACAAAGAGUCAACGUGUGCCUUUAUCUCAAUCUUACAUCCAGACAACGAUCAAUCAGAGAUACAGAGGUGUCAGUCUGGGAUGUUGAGUCAGUCACUGUGAACAUUUUCAACAAAUGUCUAAUAACUCUAAUUGUUUGAUUAAAACAAAGUAUUUUUGGCAUAUUGA